AUGGAGGUUGCUGACCUGAUGCCGCUUGUUGAGCGGCUUGAGGACAAUGUCGAUGACCUGGAGGAGGUUUUGCAGCCCCUCUUGGAGAGAUCCCUGGCCGAUACGUCAAGCAAACUACCGCUGCUUGACAAAGCCAAACUGCACGUGCUCCUCACGUACACCUUGGAGUCUCUGCUUUUUUGCUACUUGCGUCUCCAUGGUGUCAAUGCUAGAGAGCACGCCGUGUUUAGGGAACUAACUAGAGUGAGGCAAUACUUCGAGAAGAUCAAAGCAUUAGAGACGGAGCCUGAGAAACGGACCAUGACUCUGGAUAAACAGGCUGCCGGUCGUUUUAUCAAACAUGGCCUUGCUGGAAACGAUAAACACGAUCUAGAGCGCGCCGAAAAAGAAGCAAAGGAAAAGGCAAUGGCCCAGAUGCGAGCGGCGAUGUUAGCCAAGAAAAGCGCGACCAAUACACAAGAACGUCAAGAGCAAAAAUCAUCUGAGAGUAGUUCUGACUCCGACUCCGACUCUGACUCGAGCUCCGAUUCUGAGUCGGCGAGCAAUUCUGAUGAUAGCGAAGAAGCAACAGCGCAUGGCGAACGAGCAACGAAACAAGCUGAGCCAUCUAUACCUCAUAAAUCCGCAAAAGCAAAGGCCAAGGAAAGACGGGAACAGGCCAAAGCUGAAAAAGCACUACGAAAGCUCAAACAGCAAGCUCAGGGCGCGCAGGGCGCGCAGACGGAAUCUAAAGACGAGGCCAAGAAGGCGCGAAAGAUGAAGAAGGAGAAGAAGAAAGCUAAGAAGAAGAAGAAGAAGCUUCAAGCCGCAAAGGAGAAAAGAGCAGCCGGAUGA